GUUAAGGAAGAUGUUCGAGUAACACAAACAUUAAUUCUUCAAAAUUACGACUUUAUCCUUUGUCAAAUUUCCUAUAGAGAGAGACCCAAAAACAACAAAAAAGCGAAACACCGUUGUAUGAACUGUCAAAUGCUGGCGACCCAUUUGUAACGCGGUGGCUCUGCCACAAACCACCUUUCAAAAAAUGGGUUCCGGUCAGAUUAGCGGCGGCGUUGGCGGUGGUUCUCAUACUAACAACGGCGGUGGUAGUAACAGUUGUUGUGAUAUGAGUAUGAAGUGUUGGUGUAGGUGGAGAUUAGAAAAUCAACACUACUAUAACCGUUUUUUCUCUUCUGGUUUCGUUUUCUUCUUUGCUUGUUUUAUUUUCUUUGGAUCCAUUGCUAGCUUUUAUGGUUGGCUUUCUUUUCCUCCUUCUGUUCAUGAAUCUCUUUCCCCUUUUGGUUGUCAUGAUGACAAUGAGGGUUCUUGGUCUAUUGGAAUUUUCUAUGGUGAUUCUCCUUUUUCUCUUAAACCCAUUGAAUUUUCGAAUGUAUCGAACGAUGAUGGCGCUGCUUGGCCGGUAGCGAAUCCUGUGGUGACUUGUGCAUCUGUUUCUGAUGCUGGUUUUCCAAGUAAUUUUGUUGCUGACCCUUUUCUUUUUAUUCAGGGAGAUACUCUUUACCUGUUCUAUGAGACAAAGAAUUCAAUCACUAUGCAAGGUGAUAUUGGAGUUUCAAAGAGUACGGAUAAGGGAGCAACAUGGCAGCAACUAGGAAUUGCCUUGAAUGAGGAUUGGCAUCUUUCUUAUCCUUAUGUAUUUGAGCACAAUGGCCAGAUAUAUAUGAUGCCGGAAGGGAGUAAAAGAGGAGAUCUUCGUCUUUACAGAGCAUUGAACUUUCCUUUGCAGUGGAAAUUGGAAAAAGUCCUCAUAGAAAAGCCCCUUAUUGAUUCCUUUAUCAUUGACUAUGAUGGGAAGUAUUGGCUUUUUGGUUCAGAUCAUAGUGGUUUCGGCACCAAGAAAAAUGGGCAGUUGGAGAUUUGGUACAGCAAUUCACCUCUCGGUCCAUGGAAACCUCACAAGAAAAACCCUAUUUAUAACAUUGACAAGAGCUUGGGAGCUCGCAACGGAGGCAGGCCAUUUAAAUACGAAGGAAAUCUUUACCGUAUUGGUCAGGACUGUGGUGAUACGUAUGGGAGACGGGUGCGCGCUUUUCAGAUAGAAACCCUUACAGCUGAAGAAUACAAAGAAAUUGAAGUAUCAUUGGGCUUUGUUGAGUCAAACAAGAGCCGAAAUGCCUGGAAUGGUGCUAGAUACCAUCACUUAGAUGCCCAACGUCUUCCGUCUGGUGGUUGGAUUGGUGUUAUGGAUGGGGAUCGUGUUCCUUCUGGAGAUUCAAUCCGGCGGUUCAUGGUUGGUUGUGCUUCUGUUGCGGUCGCUGCUAUACUCAUCGUGCUAUUGGGUGUGUUGCUCGGUUUUGUGAAUUGUAUUGUCCCUCUCAAUUGGUUCAUUCAUAACUCUGGGAAGAGGAAUCUAACUUCCUUGUCUUGGGAAAGACCAAAUGCGUUCUCUUCAAAAGUAAGAAGGUUCUGCACUCGUGUCAACCGAGUCCCAACAUUUCUCCGAGGUAAGGUGAAGCAUAAUGCUUGUGCUAGGAGGGUUAUUCUUACGAUAAUCUUUGUAGUUGGAGUUGGAUUGAUGUGCAUGGGAUUUAAAAAUAUUUAUGGCGGUAAUGGUUCAGAAGAACCUUAUCCAUUGAAAGGUCAAUAUUCGCAGUUCACGUUAUUGACAAUGACCUACGAUGCUCGUCUGUGGAACUUGAAGAUGUAUGUGAAACAUUACUCGAGAUGUUCUUCUGUGUCUGAGAUAGUUGUGGUGUGGAACAAGGGAAUCCCUCCGGAAGUUAGUGAUCUAGAUUCAGCAGUACCGGUCAGGAUCAGGGUAGAGGAGAAAAACUCCCUAAAUAACCGAUUUAAGGAAGACCCAUUGAUAAAAACUCGAGCAGUCCUUGAGCUCGACGACGACAUUAUGAUGACAUGUGAUGAUGUUGAGCGAGGUUUUAAUGUCUGGCGUCAACAUCCUGACCGGAUUGUUGGAUUCUAUCCUCGGCUUAUUGCCGGGAGCCCAUUAAAGUACAGAGGAGAAAAAUAUGCACGGACACAUAAAGGCUACAACAUGAUACUUACCGGUGCAGCAUUUAUUGAUUCAAAACUAGCUUUCAAGAGGUACUGGGGAGAGGAAGCUAAGCAUGGGAGGGAAGUGGUGGACAAGUUAUUUAACUGUGAAGAUGUGCUUUUGAAUUACUUGUAUGCAAAUGCAAGUUCAUCGUCAAGGACAGUUGAUUAUGUGAAACCGGCUUGGGCAAUCGACACUUCAAAGUUUUCCGGUGCAGCGAUUAGCCGCAACACGAAGGUGCAUUAUCAAUUGAGAAGCAAUUGUCUAAUGAAAUUUUCGGAGAUGUAUGGAAGUUUAGCCGAUCGAAAAUGGGGAUUCGACAGUAGGAGAGAUGGUUGGGAUGUAUAGUAUUAGUAUGGACUAAUGGAGUGUUUUUUUUUAGUUAGGUCUUUGGUGGCAGCUUUUGUAUUUUGUUUCAUCUUUUGUGGGUAUAAAGUCUUGUUUAUACUUGUAUCCCAUUUGUGAUUUUAUUUUAGGGGGUUUUCUAAAUAGUAUGUCUGCAACAUGUAAAUUUGGUUCUAUAAUGGUCUUUUUAUGUUUUUAUUUAUUUAACAAAUUAUGCCUCAAAACCCUUGGGGGAUGGUUUGUGAUGAUGUUGGGAUGCAAUUGGAAGCAUUAGGAAAUAGAAGGAUAAGCAAAUGGAAAAUAGAAGUAUACAAGUGUUUCCUGAAGACAUUCCUCAGAAACUGUAAUUCUGAUUCUGGGGCUUCAUUCUUGUUACUUUUUUACUGGAUGUAAGUGUGUGUUUAGUUCUAGUCUUAGAAAUUGAUUUUGACUUA